GCGGGGCCGGAACGUCUUUCUCUGGCAGCGGGCGGGAGGCGCCACUUCCCCGCCGCACCGGUCAUGGCUGCAGCUGCUCGGGGCCAGAUUUGGGCCCAGAAACUUCUCCCGGUCCCUUGGCUUCUGCGCAGCCCCAGAAGAUAUGCCUCCUCCAACUUCAAGGCUGCGGACCUGCAGCUGGAACUGACCAAGACCCCCCAGCAGAAGCCGACAACAAGCGAGGGCCUGGUCUUUGGGAAGACGUUCACCGACCACAUGCUGAUGGUGGAAUGGAAUGCAGAGAAGGGCUGGACCCGGCCCCGCAUCCAGCCCUUCCAGAACCUCUCACUGCACCCAGCCUGCUCUGCGCUCCACUAUUCCCUGCAGCUCUUCGAGGGCAUGAAGGCCUACAAGGGCCCAGACGGGAAGGUGCGCCUCUUCCGCCCCUGGCUCAACAUGGACCGGAUGCUGCGCUCCGCCCUGCGCCUGUGCCUGCCGAGCUUCGACAAGGCCCAGCUGUUGGAGUGCAUCCGGAGACUGGUGGAGGUGGACAAGGACUGGGUGCCAGACAGCGCGGGCACCAGCCUCUACGUGCGCCCUGUCCUGAUCGGCAACGAGCCUUCGCUCGGUGUGAGCCACGCCUCCAGAGCCCUCCUGUACGUCAUUCUCUGCCCGGUGGGCGCCUACUUCCCCGGAGACGCCUUGACUCCCGUGUCGCUCUUGGCGGACCCCACCUUCAUCCGGGCCUGGGUGGGUGGGGUCGGCGACUGCAAACUGGGGGGGAACUACGGGCCCACGGUAUUCGUGCAGCAUGAAGCCAAGAGGAAGGGCUGCGAGCAGGUCCUGUGGCUGUUUGGGCCUGACCACGAGCUCACCGAGGUGGGCACCAUGAACAUCUUUGUCUACUGGACCUACGAGGAUGGGGUUCUGGAAUUGGUGACGCCCCCGCUGGACGGCGUCAUACUUCCCGGAGUCGUCAGGCAGAGUCUGCUGGACCUGGCGCAGUCCUGGGGAGAUUUCCGGGUGGCCGAGCGGAAGAUCACCAUGAAGGAGCUGACGCGGGCGCUGAAAGAGGGUCGGGUGCGGGAAGUCUUCGGUUCAGGCACCGCCUGCCAGGUCUGCCCGGUGCACCAAAUCCUGUACCAAGGCCAGAACCUGCACAUUCCCACCAUGGAAAACGGCCCCGAGCUCAUCCACCGCUUCCUGAAGGAGCUGAAGGCCAUCCAGAACGGAACCAAAGCACAAGAGUGGAUGUUGCAAGUGUGAUGCUGCAGUCUGUGCCCCGACCAGCCGUCGGACCCAUCAGCCCGUAGCCCUAGUCCCUGCUGGACCCUCGUCUUCAUACCAAGGACUCACCCCAAGUGCAAUAAGACUGAAGGCCUGGGGCCGGGGCGCCCGGGUCUCUGGGCCCCACGGGGUCACUUAUACUCCCAAAGCCAUAAGGGCCAGACCCAGGCGUCUUGGCCCCAAGCCCCAUCUCUCAGGCCUGGGGAUCUGGAUCCCCGAAGCUCCGUUUGGGGGGUCAAGAAUGCACUUUGACCCCGAACUCCACCUCCGUUUCCAGGCUGGAUCUGCCAGCAGUGCCAUUGAUAGAUUUUUUUUUUUCUCUCUUCUUGCUGCGGUUUUGAAAUAAAAUGCCAAAGAACAAGACAUUCGCUGCCAUCUCAGGGGCACCCCUCGGGACGCCCAGGCAUCACCAUCCUUGGCCUAUUUCUUUUCCCAAACCAGCAGAGCCAGCCCCCAGCGUCCUGGUUUAUCCUGGAUAUUCUGGCGAUAUCCUCGCCACUCACGUGCUGAGCGUAGCUUCUCCUGGCACCCCCAGACAUCUCCCCCCUUCCCUGCCUAGGGGACACCUACCUUCCGUCAGUCACUGAACCUCACUUCUGUCCCCCAAAUCCACGGAAGCCCCCGGAGCCCUGCCCUGGUCCUCACUCUGGCUGAUCUCCCUGUCCUGUAACCCUCCAGGGAAGGCCCCCAAGGGGUCAGUGGUCAUCCUCAGCUUUACCUGUCCAGAGUUUUCCAGCCCACACAGCUGGAGCAACAGAGAGGGCCCUGGCGGAGUCCCUGAGGGGUGAAGAGCAAGUGUAAGACUUGGCCCUGUUGGUCUCUGACCCCGGCUUGUACUUCAGUGCCAGUAGGAGGCGGUGCUGCUCAGGCCUGCUGUGCCAGGAGCCUCACCCAGGGUUCUCCAGAGCCGGUGCCAGGGGCUGAACUGGGGUCCGCAGCAGGAAAGCACCUUAUCUGGUUAUCUGGUGUCAGACCAACAGGUGCAGCUUUUUUUUUCUGACCCUGUGGGACUGUGGGGCUCGUAGGGGGCCCGUCCUGUGGUCAGGGCUCAGCAUUCUGGUUUGUUGGGGCAACAGCUGACCCUUGCCACAUCUUCUCCUUCUCAGUUUCCUUUUGUCAGUGAUUGCUCAAGGGACAGUCUUGGGCCAAGGGGAUGCAAGGGGAAAGUGCCUGGAGGCCUCUGGGGAAUCUCUUGAUGAAGGAACUCAGGUAAAGCGGCGUGUGGCUCAGUGGUAUCUAUGUAUGAGGUCCUGGGUCCAGCUUAAUCCCUGGCACUAGUACCAUUUACAUACAGAGGGGCUGCCAUUUUUUUGUCAUCUGUCUUUGGUAGUGAUGAGCCAGAUGAGUGAUGGGCGGAGCAGCUGCAGUCAUUUCGUGCCCAUGAGGAGUGCCCACAUGCAGCAUAGCUCUCUGCAUUCUCCAUUCAGGAAACAUAUUUAAUUAUUUUUCCAGAUUCUGUACUUAGAAGUUACUCCUGGCAGUGCUCGGGGAAUCAUAUGGGGUGCCAGGGAUCAAACCCAGGUGCAAGGCAAAUGCCUUACCUACUGUACUAUUGCUCCAACACUGAAGUCACUUAAAAAAAAUUGUCACUUCGAUUCUAAGAUUACAGUAUAUUUUAUGGUUUUGAUAUGCAAUAUUGUAUCUUCAUCACAUGGAAAUGCCCUUAUGCCCUCUACCACUGUCCUUUGUCACUUCUAGUCCUCUUCCACCUCAUCUCCCACAACUUGGUAAUCUCAAUUCCGCAACCAAAGUCCAACAAAGGGUUUGUCAUUAAAUUGUAUCUAUUUC